CAAGCGAGGGAAAACACGAGUUAAGCUUGUUGGUAAAAAGAACAUUCGAAAGUGGCGCGUAAACGAUGCCGGAAAGUUCGUCAGAGGUCGGUGAUCUUCGGUUGGAGUCGGGGGCGCGAGGCAGCGUCGUUUCUUGUACGCACUAACAUGGCGGAUCUCGUGAAAGCAACUAAACUUGGUUGCAUGGUGUGUUUGUGACGUCACGGCAAGGAGUCGUGUAGCGCGGUUAUGCGUUCCUGAAUACCUCCGCCAUUGAAAUCAAAUUUUCGAAUCGUACGAUAGGGCUAUUUUGCCUAUUUUUUGUAUGGUGCAUAACGAGCGGCAUGGGAAGAACCGCGUUGAAUAUGUGACGUAGGCGAGGCCCGAAAUGUAAAAAGAACCUGUAUUAGGAGGAAGAGUGUUGUCUGGUGGUGGCGCGUGUCUUCACUUCAGUGUGAACAAAAAUUUAACACAAAGCCCUCGGCGUAUCAUAAACACACAUAAUUCUUUCAUAUUUUUGUUAAACCAACUGCAAUAACGACGACGAAGACAAAAACGAAAACGAAGACGACGACGACAACGACGACGACGACGACAACGGAGAUAGUCCGGUAGUAGUGAUAAUAGUGGCGGUGGCAGGGGUGUGCGCGCGCGAGUUCGUGUGACUUUGCGCGUAAGAAGAAGAUAUAUACGAGUUAAGAGAGAGUAUCUGUCGUGUCGUACUAUGCUGUGUUACUGUGUUUCGUCUCGUGUGUUCUCUUAGCGUGUUCGUAUAACCGCUAACACUAUAGUCAAUCCUUUAUCAAGCUUUGUACAUGCGAUACGAUAAAAACGUGCCAUCUUUCUCAGUCAGUUAUUUCUCUUAUUGGCCGUUACUUAAAAAGUUCUUAAACGCGCGUUGCAUCUCGCCGCGCGUGUGUGUAUGCGAGAUGGCCGGCAAUGGUGACAUUCAGUGGUGUUUCUCACAAGUGAAAGGGACUUUGGAAGACGACGUUACCGAAGCUGAUAUAAUAUCAUGUGUUGAGUUUAAUCAUGAUGGUGACCUUCUCGCAACUGGGGACAAGGGUGGACGAGUUGUUAUUUUUCAAAGGGAUCCUAUUAGUAAAAAUAGUAUACCACGGAGAGGUGAAUAUAAUGUAUACAGCACUUUCCAAAGCCACGAGCCCGAAUUUGAUUACCUGAAAUCAUUAGAAAUAGAAGAAAAAAUAAAUAAAAUUAGGUGGUUAAAAAGAAAAAAUCCCGCACAUUUUUUACUUUCCACAAAUGAUAAGACAAUAAAAUUGUGGAAAGUUAGUGAAAGGGAUAAAAGAGUGGAAGGAUAUAAUACGAAAGAAGAAAAUGGUGCGAUUCGGGACCCUGCUUGUAUAACUGCCUUGAGGGUGCCAACUAUAAAACCAAUGGAAUUAAUGGUAGAGGCAUCUCCGAGGAGAAUAUUUGCCAAUGCGCACACUUACCAUAUAAACAGUAUAAGUGUCAACAGUGAUCAAGAAACGUACCUCAGUGCGGAUGAUCUUAGAAUUAAUUUAUGGCAUCUUGAAAUUACCGAUCAAAGUUUUAAUAUUGUAGACAUAAAGCCUACUAACAUGGAAGAGUUGACAGAAGUCAUAACAGCUGCAGAAUUUCAUCCUGUAGAGUGUAAUGUCUUGGUCUAUAGUAGUAGCAAAGGUACUAUCAGACUUUGCGAUAUGAGAUCUGCUGCUCUUUGUGAUCAUCAUAGUAAACUUUUUGAAGAACCAGAAGAUCCGACCAAUAAGAGUUUUUUCUCAGAAAUAAUCUCAAGUAUAAGUGAUGUUAAGCUGAGUAACUCUGGAAGAUACAUGAUUAGUAGGGACUACCUCAGCGUUAAAGUCUGGGAUCUUCAAAUGGAAACAAAACCCAUUGAAUGCUAUCCUGUACAUGAAUAUUUAAGAUCAAAAUUAUGUUCUCUUUAUGAAAAUGAUUGCAUCUUCGACAAAUUUGAGUGCUGUUGGAGUGGUAAUGAUUGUGCCAUUAUGACAGGCUCAUAUAAUAAUUUCUUUAGAGUAUUUGAUCGUAAUACCAAACGUGAUUUAACUUUGGAAGCAGCACGUGACAUUGCCAAACCAAAAACUCUUCUAAAGCCUCGUAAGGUUUGCACUGGUGGAAAACGUAAAAAGGAUGAGAUUAGUGUUGAUUGUUUGGAUUUCAACAAAAAAAUAUUACAUACUGCAUGGCAUCCAUCUGAAAAUGUGGUAGCAGUUGCUGCCACCAAUAAUCUUUUCUUAUUCCAAGAUAAACUCUAGCACAUCUGCAUGCAAAAUUUAUUGUAUUACAGAUAAUACAACGGUAUAUAUUGACGUGAACGAGGCACGUUAAACUAAAUGGACACAGUGAAACAAUAGGUGUCGGAAUUACAUUGACGAAAGUCGACUAUUUGCAUGUCAAUAGUCGAUUGACCGAAAAGUGGUGUACAUAGCGCCGUCCACACAGCUCACGCGUUCAUAUAAGUUAUAUAUACACCUACAUGCAGAAAUUUGCACCGAUACCUUGCCAUGCGCAUACAUGUACAUAGAUGCAUGUAAGUUAAAACACAUGCAUAAGACUUCUCAAAACUCUUAAGUUGACUAGUUCAAAUAAGUUUGCACACGGAGUCACUCUCAACUGAUAAAAUGAAUCGUCAAGUCAAUUAUUUAAUAAUUGUGCCGACGAUAUUAUUAUCAAGUUUUCUUACACCAAACGUGCAGCUGAAUUUCUAGCUUGUUCUACUACAGUAAUUGCGCUACUACACUAUGUAGAGACGGUCAGUGAAAAUAUCUAAUUCGCCCAUACAUUAUAUAAAAAGUGUUUUAAUAUAACACACCUUAUGAUCAGUUAUACAAAUAAUACUACAAUUACAGACAGUGGAUAUAUAACCGAUGUUUCGGCAUGAGCUGAAUAUAUUGCACAGGCAAUUAUUUGCUUUAUUUAUCCACUAGAUUAUUAAAUUGAGUUUUUAAAAAAUAAAAAAAAUAAAUCGCUAUCACGUGUGCCAAUGAGAUUUUAUCGUUUACUUUCAUAUUCGUGAGUAUUUUAUGAAGAUCAUUAUAUACUUAAUAAUAGUAAUAAUUACAAAACAUGAUAGCACAGUAUACAGGAUCAUGUUUCUUUACUACUUUUUUUUUCUUUAUUUCCUGGAGAAAUUUGCUACUAAAUCUUCGUACUAAACUAUUUCGAAUAUUUAUUAGUAAACUCUGCUUAAUGCGAAUCUAGCUGAAUGAAUAACAUCAGUUACCAAAUACCAGAACAAAAAAUCUUAUACAUAUGUAGGCCUACACACACAUUAUCUUGUUUUUAUUUUCAUAAUAAAGCUAUUGUUACGUAUAUUUCCUAUAUUGCAUUAGCUAAUAUGGAUCAAGGAAUAUAUGGCACAAAUUUCUGCUUCAAAGGAUUCGGGUAAACAAAUAAAAUCUUAAAACGGUAAAAAUGUUAUUAUAAACGAUGGGAAAAGUAAGAAACAGUGUUACGGUACAGCAAUAACAAAAAGAACAUUCAUUUAUAUAAAAUUAUUUGUGUAAAAGAUAAAAAUAGGAACUGAAAAAUAACUAUAUAAAAGAAAAUGUGGAUUUUCUCUAAAUAUUACUCUUAUUAAUUAUUUAUUGAAAUUCGUAUGAAUAUAAACAGUGAAUACAGUACAGUUGUUGAUGGUAAGCUGGGCUUGCAGACUUUACAUAAAAUAUGUAAUAAUAACUUAAUUAAUAACUUAACACGAGAAUAACGUAAAAUUUCGAAUAAGUGUAUCAACGGGUUUAACUCAGUUUGAGUACGGCCAAAGAGCCAAGCUCUCCGUAUCUAUGUUGUAUUUAGUAUUUAUACCAUCUCUUAAAUAUUGUGUAGUAGAACUAUGAAACCUAAAAGAAACAGAAUAUAAUAAGUUUUAUCUUAGGCAGAUUCAAUUGAUGAUUGCACUAAUUUUGAAAUACAAAGCAGGCUUCUUUUAAACAACACCACCAUAUAUAUUUUUUUACGUAAUUAGUAUAUCUCACCAUAUACAUACUUAUGCAGUCUGGAUUUUGCUAUGCAUAUACAUUGAGGUGCUCCAAAUGUUCUUAAGGCUGUCAAUUGUGUUUUUAUUAAUUCUAGCUUCAUUUUUUAUAGCGUUUUCAAUUAAUGAUAACUUAAAAAACCAACAUUUUAUGUAAUUUUUCUUAAAUCAACAAUAAUCUCCUCAUCUUUUAAAUUUGUUUUUAUUAAAAUGUAUAUUAUUUUACCGUCAAUUUUCUUAUCCGCUUUUUACUUAAAUGAUGGUUCAUAAGUGCCUUGAAGCGCAUUAAGAGUGCUCGAUUAUUAAAACAGAAAUUCUAAAGUACUAAAUUCUUACAGGUGUUUUUAAUACGGAUUAUAAUAUAAACAAUUUCAUAAACACACAUGCUACUUCAGGAUGCAAAGAUUUUGGUAAUGAAACAGAGAGAAUAAAAAGCACUCAAAAAUGUAUAAAGCACCAGACUAAUGUAUAUUCACGAUUAAUGAUUUUCCAUAUCAAGAUAAAAAGGAAACGUUAGAAAUUUCCCUUUCUUAGGAAAUUAUUUCCUUUGAUAGAGAAUAAAUAUUUUCCACUUUGACACUAAUGAUUCUUUAACGUUACACGUGAAAAAAUAAAAUGAAGUAAUUUGAAAGAAAGAGAGAGAGAGAGAGAGAGAAAAGAGGUGAAGAAAGUUGUUAAAUAUUCUGUUAAUUAUAAACAGUGAUAAUAGAUUGACAUUAUUUAUUUAAAAAUGACACACAUUUAAAUUUGUUUUAACUAGCAUACUCUUUUAAAAUUAUGGGUCUGAUAAUUAGGAUAAACAUAUUAGUUUUGAGUAAUGAAUUAACUAAUGCAUUAUUAUGCUUCCUGUAAUGCAGUUUAAAAUUAUGAUGCUCGAACUUUUCUCCAUAGUCUUCAUUAACUUAUUAACAAAUUUGGAAAAAAAUAAGCUUUGUAGAAGAAAGGAAAAAUAUACUUCUAUGAUAAAAGAUGAUCUCUUUCUUCAACAAAAAAAAAGAAAAAAAAACAUAUUUAAUAUAUCACGUUACAUGUGAUAUACAUACAUCAGAAUAAUAAAAUAGUUCCUUAAAAAAAAGUUAGAUCAGUUUUAAUAAUAUUGACUGCACUGCACGGAUCAUGAUAAUUGCAAUGUCAUCAUAUAAAGGAUGCGUAUAUAGACUCUUUGAGACUUUGCUCUCAAUGUAUAGAAAAUUUGUAUUAUUUAUAAAUUGUCAGUUUAAAUAACGAAGAAGAUCUAUGAAAUCUAUGUUUGUGUAACAUGUAAUUGCAAAAUUAUCUUGCGUAACAGCAGACCUACUACUACAUUUAGGGAAGUUGUUCCUUGAUGUUAGAUAUCCAUGAAAAGAGAGACAAACAAAAGAUCAAAAAACGAAGAUGUUAAAAAAGAAAGAAAGAAAGAAAAAAGAAAAAAAAAAUAAUAAGGAGAUAAAGGUAUCGAGAUCGAUUUCUUCAUCGAUCUCUAAACCUUUUCAACUUCUUUAUAAAGUAUAUUAUAAGUACAUAUAUAUAUUAAGGAAAUUCAUAUUUCGUCUUAUGUUACAGUCAUCAAGAAAUCGUAACAUUACUUUUUAGUACGUAAAAUCAUCGUCAUUUUCCUUCGUCCCCAACCAUAUCCUAAUACCUCAAUCCCCUAUAAUAAUGUUACUAUUAUUAUCUUUUCGUUAUUUGUUUCAGUCUUUGUUUUUUGUUAACUGCUAUGCAGGAUUAGUCAUGGUAAUAACGAUGAUCUGAUAUCUUGAUUUAUUAGAUUAUAUAAAUGAUUGGUUGUUAGGAUUAAAAGAAUAAAUCGAAUAAUGCGAUGGUGAAAGAGGGAGAGAGAGAGAGAGAGAGAAAUAAAAAUGAUGCGAAUGCGGUUAAUUCUCUAGGACGUACACGCUCGAUGAUAACGCUAUAAGAAUAAGUACUUGGGGGAAAAAAAAAAGAAAAAAAAAAAAAAAGAAAUAGACAAAAAAUGCUUCGAAAAAAAGAAGAAAAAAAAAAAGACCCUUUAAUAAAAACAGCGGGUAACUUAAACUUCGUCUCCGUUGAGAUCGUUCAACGAACGAUGCUAAAAAACAACGAGGUAUAGAUUAAAUUUUAAUAAGGGAAACAAAGAAGAAGUUGAUAUUAAAAGCAAUACGAGUACUACCUGUCUUCUCGAAAGCCCUUAUUUCCCUCGUCUUCAUUUUCAACCUCUCCCACCAUUCCAACCCAUUUCCAUUCCCAAUAAGAGAAGACAGUCGUAAUGAUUCCUAUUAAUUAUGUUUGAUUACUUGAAAUGCCUUGCGACUUUCGCUACAUCAGUACACAUCCGGACUAAAAAUUGAAUUCAGACGAAGAAAGAAAAAGAAAAAAAAGAAAAAAAAAAAAGAUAAAGAUAAAAGGAACAUUGAAUAUUGAGAUUAGAACUUUGGCUCUCGCAGGACCUGUCUCGUGUGAUAAUAAUAAGUGUCAUUGUAUCAAUUAGCUAAAGCUCUAUUUUUAUUAACGAGACCACGUAAAUACGUAUAAUCCAGAAAUUAGGAUUUUUAUAGCUCGCAAUUUAAGUGUAGUGUCUUUACUCUUGUAUUUGCGCGCGCGCGAAGCGCAACACAUGAUAUAUAGAAAGAGAAACAAAACCAAAAAAAAAAAAGGAAAAAAAAAUAAACA